AUGUCAGAUGACAAUCUAGCAAAUUGUAUGGUGAUAUACAUAGAAAAAGAGAUUGCUAGCAAGUUUGACGCAGAGUCCAUAAUUGAAGAAUUCAAGGUGAAUAUGGAAGAGGAUUCAACUAUGAAUGAUUACGAAGUCAAUUCAACGAUUCAUGAAGAAGAUAGUGUGUUCAGUAACCUCUUUGAAGCUGAAUCGAGUUCGGUUAACAAGCCAUGUAGUAGCUGGUAUAACAGUAGGAUGAUAGAAACAGAUGAAGGUGAAAUAUGUUGGAUACCGGAAGUAGAGGAAGAUGUAAGACCAGUUAAGGGUCAAGUUUUUGAUACAAUAGAUGAUUGCAUUGAAAUGUAUGAGAGAUAUGCGUACCAAGCGGGUUUUGACACUAGGUUAUCCACACAGAAAAAAACAAACAGUGGAGUGGUUAGAUUGAAGUACAUUUUGUGUAAUAAAGAAGGGAAACCACAAGGUGUAAGCAUAGAUACACUGAAUCACGAAAACAGUUGCAAAAGAGUACGUAUUUCGUCACUGCAAGUGACAGGAUGUGAAGCACAUGUCAUAUUCAAGCUAAUCGAAGGCCGACAAUCGUACAUAUUAGACAAGUUUGAGGAAAAACACAAUCAUCAACUGAAUUCGGUGGAGCAUAGACACUUGUCGAGAAGACAAAGAAAAUUGGGAAUCUCUGAAAUGACGUUUAUUAAUAAGGUUUCAACUUCGAAUAUAGGAGCGACAAGAGCUCAUCAUAUCUACAGCAAUAUGCUAGGUUCUUACAAGAACACACACGGCAUAGUGAACGACUUCAAGAACUACAAGAACAAAAUCAAUUGUUUUAUAAGCUCAAGUGAUGCGCAGAUGUUGGUAAAUAAAAUGGAAAACAGACGAGAGCAUGUCCCAAAUUUUACCUUCGAAUACAAGGUAAAAGAUAACAGUGAGUUGGAGUGUAUGUUUUGGGCCGAUGAGACAGCAAAAGCAAAUUUUAAAGAAUUUGGAGAUAUCAUUUCAUUCGAUGCUACUUACAGGACAAACAGGUACAACAUGAUGUUUGUCCCAUUCACUGGGAUAGACAACCAUAAGAAGACUGUGUCUAUCGGAGCUGGUAUGCUUAGGGAUGAAACAACAGAUUCUUAUGUGUGGUUGUUGAAAGCGUUUUUGGAUACAUUUGGAAGCCAACCAAAGAUGGUCGUCACAGAUCAAGAUGCAGCAAUGAAGAAAGUCGUUGCACUCGUCUUAACGAAAUCAAGGCACCGACUGUGCAUGUGGCACAUCACUCAGAAGCUGCCUAUGAAGGUAGGAAAACGCAUGUUUGAUAAUACUGAUUUCAAGAAGAAGUUCAAUGACAUAGUUUGGAACAUAUCAUUGAGUACAAAGACGUUUGAGAAAAGAUGGGCAGAGAUAAUGAAGGAAUUCAAGUUGGAAGAACAUCCAUGGUUCAUGCAUAUGUAUGAUAUCAGGUCUACAUGGAUACCAGCUUACUUCACAGACUUACCGAUGUCGGGUUUGAUGAGAACCACCUCAAGAUUGGAAAGCGAAAACUCAUUCUUCAGCAAUUUUCACAAGUGGUGGAGCAAUGUUGAUUCAAUUUAUGAUGUCAUAUGA